AAGUUUUCACUGACCCGGGUGCCAGUCGGCCACGCAUCGUUCGGGUUCUGAUAGGUACCAAAAGCUUCACUUGCCGUCUCCCUCCGAUACGAUGCUUCUGUGCUGAGGGAAGAAGAGAGAGGGAUGGAGGCGCCGGAAAUCGCCAAAUUCGCCCGAAAUUUCUCGGUGAUGGUUAGGGUUCAGGGCCCUGAUCCGAAAGGGCUGAAAAUGCGAAGAAAUGCUUUUCAUCUUCACCGAUCAGGAAAGACUACUAUUUCUGCAUCUGGCCUUCUACUUUUUGCCAGUUCACUUGGUCAAAUCCCGAGGAUCAUGGAACACAUUUUAAAGACUCAUCAAUUUUCAGGUGCUGUAGUUAUAACAGCUGCAUCAGUUGUUCAGCCAUUCCUUAUUGCUGAACAUAGAUCCAAACUUACCCAGUCUCAUGCUGGAAAUGUGCUGGAACUUUCUCCUAGGUUGAUUCAUGAUACAUGUAUAGAUGUUCUUGUGGAGGGAAACAAGGCUGAUAAUGGCGAUGGAGGACCCGAUCAAACUCCUGAAUGGCUUCCAGCUAAACUGUUGGCAGUGGUUGAUGUCCCGGCUACUUCCGAUGCGCUCCUGUCAGUGAUUGGAGGCCGAUUUUCAUUCGAAGCGUCGUGGUCAUUGGCUCCCUUCAAUAGUACGCAAACUUCAGAGUUAGAUGGAUUUGAAAAAGAGGGUGUAAAUGAUGAGUCUAGAAAGGGCAUUGUUUUGGAAGAGUCAAAUAACCCUAUUCUGCUGGCUAAGUCGACCACAAGGAUUGCUUUCCUUGGCAUUUCAAUUUCAGAUAAUAAGGAUGGUCUGUGUUUAAAAAUAUCGCAGCAUCAAAAUAGAGGUGAUUUGAUUGUAGUAAUGGGUUCUCCUUUUGGAGUACUCUCACCCUUGCAUUUUUAUAAUAGUAUAUCUGUCGGAAACCUGGCGAACUGCUGCUCUUCUGGUUUGGAUUGUGGCCCUUUAUUGGUGGCCGACAUUCGUUGUCUUCCCGGAAUGGAGGGUGGUCCAGUUUUUGACAGGCAUGCCUCCCUUGCUGGUAUUCUUACCAAGCCUUUAAGACAAAAAGGGAGCAAUGCAGAAAUCCAGUUCGCAGUUGCUUGGAAUGCAAUAGCUAGCAUAGAUACUAAGAGUCUGCCAGAAUCUCAGAGUACUCAGUUUGGAGAGAUUGGAAGAACCGCAUAUAAAAAUAAUAUGGCUUCAUCAGACGAAUCUACUGAUUAUGAAUCGCUGAAAUAUUUGAUUAGAAGACCUGUAGUUUUUUCUCCUUCAUCUUCUUCCCUGGAAAGGGCCAUCUCUUCCGUUGUGCUGAUUGCAGUAGGGGAGGGAUCAUGGGCUUCAGGUAUUGUUCUCAACAAAAGUGGCCUCAUACUCACAAAUGCUCACACCUUGGAACCAUGGAGAUUUGGAAGAUCUCGGCUGGGUUCCAUUGAGAAAGCUUUGUCUGUCACGGAACCAGGGAUUCAUCGUCCAUCAAGAUUGGGAAGUUCUGACAAUGGCGAUGGAAAACCCUUUCCAGAAUUUGGACACCAUAGUUCUAGAAGAAUAUCCAUUCGUGUAGAUUUUAUGGAACGAAGAGAGUGGUAUAGUGCUCGAGCAGUUUAUGUCUCAAAAGGACCUUUGGAUAUUGCCUUGCUGCAACUUGAAUCUGUUCCACCACAUCUUUUGCCAAUUAUCCCUCAGUUUACCAGCCAGUCUGUAGGUUCAGUUGUUUAUGUGGUUGGUCAUGGUCUCCUCGGACCCCGGUCUAAUGUUUCAUCAUCUGUUUCGUCUGGAGUUAUUUCAAAUAUUGUCCUGAUUCCCGGGCCAGUUCUCAAAAAUGGAUCCAGCAAAGCAGAAGCAAGGAGAACAAGCUUGCCAGUAAUGCUACAAACUACUGCUGCUGUUCAUCCAGGAGCCAGCGGUGGAGCUGUUGUUAAUUCAAAUAGUCACAUGAUUGGACUUGUAACAAGUAAUGCAAGGCAUGGCGGUGGCACCAUCAUACCUCAUUUGAAUUUCAGCAUACCUUGUUCCGCCUUGGAGCCUGUAUUCAAGUUUUCAGAGACCCAGGAUAUAUCAAUCUUAGAGAUUCUAGAUGAACCAAAUGAACUGCUUUCUUCUGUGUGGGCUUUGGUGCCCCCAAAAUCAAGGAACCAGCAGCCUGAAUCAGAGAGUAGGAACUACAGAGAAGGAAAAAGUUCACGUUUCUCCCAAUUUCUUGCGGAACAGAAUGCAGACAUUGCUUCUUUGAAGGAACUAAAUCAUCUUAAGAAAAUGAAUAUCACUAGUAAGAUAUAACUAAGUAGUUUGAGUUAAUAAUCAGAUAGUCAUAGUUUUCCUUAGUUAGAUGAUUUGCAAUAUGUGCUGAUUAGUUGGGUUGUUGUAUUACAGAUACAUAUACCUUAUAACUUAGAUGAUUUAUAUAUAUACCACACAAUUCAUUCACAUGAACCUUGAUAUUUACAUGUGUGGUGGCACUUUGGGGCAAUAAAUCUCUAAAUGAAAGGGUGUAUUUCAAUUUUAAAGAGUAUGUAAUAGUGGCAUUUUUUUUAUGUGAUGUUAAAGAUUUGACUAAAUAUGAA